AUGGGCUCGCUAUCUGUACCGGAGACCUCUCUUGCGGCGAUCCAAGAUAAGGAGACCAAGGCCAUCUCAGUCGCCCAACGCCCAACUCCAGUCCCCAUCGGCACUCAAGUCCUCGUCAAGCUACACUACUCCGGUGUCUGCGCCACGGAUCUCCAUCUGGCCCGCGGAAGCGUCCCCUAUCUGCAGCCCAAUGUCGCAGUAGGCGGUCAUGAGGGCACGGGGGUGAUCGCCAGCGUCGGCCCCGACGUGGACGCGGAGUGGCACGUCGGUGACCGGGUCGCGGUGCGGUGGGUGCACAUCGUCUGCGGGAAGUGCGAGGUGUGCACGACCGGCUAUGAGAACCUUUGCGCAAGCCGGAAGCUUGCAGGUAAGGACGUCGAAGGCACCUUUGCCGAGUACGCCAUCGCGGACAGCGCGUACAUGGUCCGCCUGCCGGCUGGGGUGAGCGACGCCGAUGCCGCUCCGAUCCUGUGCGCGGGUGUCACCGUCUACAAGGCGCUCAAGAUCGCCAACCUCCGGGCGGGCUCGUGGGUCGCGGUGGCAGGGGCCGGUGGCGGCUUGGGCCAUCUCGCGAUUCAAUAUGCGCGUGCCAUGGGGCUCAAGGUCGUGGCCUUGGACGCUCGGAAACGGGAUCUCUGCCUGAGCCUGGGCGCGGAAUUGUACAUCGACGUGCUCGAGACGGACGACUGUGUGGCACAGGUGAUCAAGGUCACGGAUGGGGGAGCUCAUGGUGCACUCAUCUGUGCCUCGUCCGGCCAGGCCUAUGCCGAUGCCGUCCAGUUCCUGAGACGGACCGGCACCCUGGUGUGUAUCGGUCUCCCCCCGAAGCCGACGCCGCUCCCCCUCGGCCCCGCGGACUUCGUCGCCCGUGGCAUCAAGGUCAUGGGCACAUCCACGGGUGACCGCCAGGACACAGUGGAGGCUCUCGCCUUUGUCGCCAAGGGCCAGGUAAAACCACAGCUAAAUGAGAGGAGGCUAGAGGAUGUUGAGGAGAUCUUAAAGGAGAUCGAAAAUGGGACGAUGCAGGGUAAAGCGGUAAUCAGGAUAGCCUGA